AUGGCGCCAGGGAAAGGAACUUCGGGUAAAUUACCUUCAGAGGAAGUGUACGAUAAAUUCGAAAGGUCCAAGGCGUGUCCCAACGAAGGGGAAUACGAAAAUUACAGGGGACAAAUGGAGGAUGUGAUAAGGCCAGUAUUACAGAAAGAGCACAUUAAUAAAGGGAAUUUGACCACUGAAAUUGCAGAAGGAUGGUGCAAUGCAUAUAAGAUAAAGACCGAAGAGAGACCACAGGAUUAUAGGCCUGGGCACUUCUUCUACUAUUGGUUAGGUAAUAAAAUAAAGGAGAAAUUGCCUGAAAAUGGGGAUUUUCCAAAGGUCAUAAGGGAAAUUUACAGUAAACUGCCAAAGGACAAGGAAACGGAACAGAGUAUCUUUGGAAUUCUAUACGGCGAUAUUAUCUGGCACACUUUCCAAAAUAGAAAAAAAUUAUUUGACUAUGACUAUGACUAUAAAAAAUUAAAGCAGCAACCACAGGAGGGUGACUCAUGCCCCUGGAAAGAAAAAUUGUACGAGAAGUGGACAGAAGCUAUAAAAGCACAUGAGGACUUAUUUAAAGCGUGUGCUGAAGAUGACCCUAGUAAAUAUUGUUACGGCUUCAGGAAAACCAAUACAAGGGAAAGGACACACCCGAAACCGCAGGACUUAACAUGUACUACAAAGCGUGAAGAAGAGGAUGAAGGUGAUGAAGAGGGAGAAGAAGACGACCUCGUGGAAGAAGAGGAACUACUGCUGGACGACAAUCUCCUAGAGGACGAGGAGGAGGGGAACAACCUAGGUAAUUUACCAUCAAGGGGAAUAUAUACCCAACUGCAACAAGGCACAGUGUGCUCCAAAAAAAUUAGUAACGAAGAAGAAAUAAAGCAAAUGUUGAGGAGCCAUGGUGUGGAAGCAUCCACUGUUGAUAAAAUCAUAAGUUCCUUAUGUUAUAUAAGUACACUAGGAAGUGAUAGGGACAAACAAGUAAAAUAUUGCAAAUUCGUUUAUUAUUGGGUGGGUGAAGAAUUAUCUAAAAUUCCGGGGGUUACAAAAUUCCAAGAAGCUAUGAAAGGCUGUAAGGACAAAAUAUAUGACAGUGAGAGCGAACAUAAGUGUGAGUUCCUUUACACUCCCGAAGAGAAAAAAGUCUUCAAAGCGUCAAAAAUAAUGUUCGAUUAUUAUACAGACCGAGAUUCUAUAGAGGAAAAUUUAAUGAGUAAGGACAGGGAUUGUACUAACCCCUAUUAUAAGUACCUGCAGAAAGCACAAUAUGCUUAUAGGACUAUCCGGCGUUCGUGCAAUGGGAACGAUAGCGAUCAAUGGUGUGAACAAUUUAAGAGCAUGUAUGGAGAAUGUAGGAGUACGGGGAAGGUAAAGGCAUCCCAGUGCAAAGUGGAAAAUACACCAGGAAUUCCAUGUUGGGGUGAUUCCAGAUGGGAAGCGGUUAUAUUACCUCCAGAAGAUGGGGUAACGUCCCCUGGAAGCAAUGCCACCACCACCGCUGCUGCCUCUUCUGCUAUUGGAUUAGUAGGAUUACCAUUAUUCGCUUUCUUUUCAUACAAGUACAAUCUUUUACCGUCCUGGAUAAGCAACACAAUCUUUGGUAAUAACAACAAUAGAAGAAAAAAAAGAUCUACUGGACGUCAAAACAUUGACGAAUUAACAGAAACGUCAACUAUAGGUCCAGGAGAGAAUGAUUCAACAUACGACUCCGCAACGGACACUUCUACAAUAGGAGACUUGUCCACAACAACAGAUGCAUCUACCAUAUAUAAUUCGAACCUCAACAGAAGAGGAGGAACAAGUAAUAAUAGAAGGGGAAAGCAACAACCACAGAGGCAACAGAGUCACCGAAAUAUAGGUUAUCAAAACAUGUGA